CCGGCCGGCCCCGGCGAGGUGAGGACCCAGGUGGUGGUGGUUGGAGCUACCUUCCCCACGGGGCUCAGCGAGAUCCUGGGGAGGUUCACCGACGUGGACCGGUUUGUCACCCUCGCCACCCAGAACCUGCACCACCUGCCGCCCCACGUCCAGCAGAAGUUCCUCCGCAUCAAAGGCCGGGACAAGCUGCCUGAACUGCUGCAGCUACUCAAGGAGCGCCCGGCAUCCAGUGGAGGUGUUCUCAUUUUCUGCAACAGUGCCAGCACUGUCAACUGGCUGGGCUAUAUCCUCGAUGACCACAAAAUCAAGCACCUCCGGUUGCAGGGACAGAUGUCAGCAGCUGCUAGAGCUGGCAUCUUUGCCUCCUUUCAGAAGGGAGACGUGUCUGUUCUUGUCUGCACUGACCUUGCCUCCCGGGGGCUGGACACCAGCAGUGUGCAGCUAGUGGUCAACUAUGACUUCCCAGACACUCUGCGGGACUAUCUGCACCGCGUGGGGCGAGUUGGACGGGUUGGAAGCAAGGCGCCAGGAGCUGUGGUUAGUUUUGUCACCCAUCGCUGGGACGUGGACCUGGUGCGGAAGAUAGAGACUGCAGCUCGGAAAAGGACGGGUCUCCCAGGCAUGGACUCCUCUAUUAAUAAUCCUCCACCUAAAGGAGGUUGA